ACCACCAUCCCCACCAAGAAGUCUGAGACAUUCUUGACAUUCCCGGACAACCAACCUGGUGUCUUGAUCCAGGUGUAUGAGGGUGAGCGUGCAUGCACGAAGGACAACAACUUGCUCGGCAAGUUCGAGCUAUCUGGCAUUCCCCCAGCACCUUGUGGUGUUCCUCAGAUUGAGGUCACCUUCGACAUUGACGCCAACGGUAUCCUGAACGUCUCCGCAUCUGACAAAACUACUGGUAAGUCAAAUCACAUCACAAUCACCAACGACAAGGGCCACUUGUCUGCAGAGGAGAUCGAGCGGAUGGUCAAUGAGUUUCUUUUUUCAUUUUCACUCUCUUCAAAUGACAGGUAA